AUGCAUGAAGACAAGGAGAUUUUAACUCCUGCAAAAGUGCUACAAAUAGUUGAAAACAAUUCAUUAGAAAAGAGUGUUGUGAAGUACAUAAAUGGUAAGGAUGGGUCUGUAUCAGAGGAAAGAAUUCCUACUACAACUUGGUCUAGAAUAAUUCAAAAACCAGCAGCAUCUAAACCAGCUUCUACUUCCAUUGAUCAAACAAAUGCAGCUCAAAAGGCUCCAAAAACUGGAUUACAAUACUCUUGGUCUAAUUGCCAACAUGGGAAUAAAAUAAUCUUGUGCAAUUUAGACAGAGCAGUCUACAAUCAUUUAUGGUUUCAAAAGCACAUAGAUUGGGGGUACAAAGUUGGGUUAAGAAUUGCCUUUGAUCAUGCUCCUUUGUUAGGGGGUUGUGCAAGCAUUCCUAAACCUCCAAACAUUCCUUUUAAAUUUCAGAAGAUGUGGUUAUCUCACUCUAAUUUUAUGGAGGUUAUUUCUCAAUGUUGGAAUGAAUAUGUUGUUGGUGAUCCAUCUUUUGUUCUUCUACAUAAAUUAAAGAAGCUGGAGAAUAUUCUAAAAGAUUGGAACUGGAAGGUGCUUGGUGACAUAAAUGUCCAAAUAAAAGAAACAGAAGAAGAAGUUAAUAAAGCAAUGGAAUUAUCUGAUAACAAUCCAUCAAAUGCUGAAGCUUUGGACAGACUAGUAAAUGCAGAAAAUAACUAUAAUUCUAUAGAAGUUCAACUCAAUAUUAUGCUUAAACAAAAAGCUAGAAUAAAAUGGGUAAAAGAGGGGUCUGCCAAUACAAGUUUCUUCCAUACAAAUCUGAAGAUUAGACAAUCUAGAAAUUUUAUUAGUGAACUGGAGGACACUAAUGGUGAUAAUAUCUCAGACCAAAACAAGAUUGCAGAUACUUUGGUUCAACAUUUUGAGCAAAAAUUUCAGUAUAAAGCAGCUGAAGAAGUUGACUCUCUUCUUGAAGUCAUUCCAUAUGUAAUUACAAAAUAA